CAGAGACUGCGGACAUAGUACAGAAGAUGACCAGAGACUGCGGACAUAGUACAGGAGAUGACCAGAGACUGCGGACAUAGUACAGGAGAUGACCAGAGACUGCGGACAUAGCACAGGAGAUGACCAGAGACUGCGGACAUAGCACAGGAGAUGACCAGAGACUGCGGACAUAGUACAGGAGACCAGAGACUGCGGACACAGUACAGAAGAUCAGAGACUGCAGACACUGUACAGGAGACCAGAGACUGCGGACACUGUACAGGAGACCAGAGACUGCGGACACAAUACAGGAGACCAGAGACUGCG